GGCAGAGGCAGCUGUGGAGGAGGCAGUCACGAUGAUGCAUGCCAUCUGGCACACCAGGGAAAUUCAAACCUAGCAACAAUCUCGUUGAAGCCUGACAAAAUUGUAACUGCGUCCACACUGAAAAGCUAUACAUAUUUAAGCGAUUAAAUGAUCAUUCACGCUCCGACCACCGACUGCAGCCGAGGUAUAAGAGUGGACAGCCCCUAAGGAAAAUAUCGGCUCAGAAUUCUGGUCAAAAAACAUUCACUUAAUCAGGGCGCAGGAGAUUUCCCUGACAGGGUGACUUCUUUGCAACUUAGAUGAAGCCCAUCGUGGCGAAUCAGCCAAGUUAAUCAGUCAAGUUUUGUACUGUAUUCGCUUGGAAGCUCUUGAAGGUAGUUGUACCCACAAUAGGAUGAUCUGAGGACGCUCGGGCUCCUGAAGUUUUCUGUACAAGUCAAUCGCUUGAAAGGGGUAUAUUCGAAAGAACCUUCAAGUGCAUCGUGCGUUUAUCAUUGUUCACACAGAAGGCAGUCCGUAACAAUGGCGGCAGAACAGUGCGCAACAACCGCUCUUUUCCUUCUGAUUUCAAUCUGUACAACGGGUAUAGAGGCUGCGACUCCUUCCAUAGUGCAAUCUCCUGCUUCAGUUCAUAUAUUCGAAGGUGGCAGUGUGACUUUGAAUUGCACCUUUCGCUUAACAGGGUUGGGAACCUACAGCUGGAGAAGGGAUGACAGUCCCAUAGACUUUCAAUCUCCGAGAUAUAAGAAAAGAAUUAUGAAAGCGGACCAUGAUGCUUUCAGUUCGAGGAAGGAUGCAUCCAUUCAAAUUAAGAAUAUGACACAAUGCGAAUCUGGUACUUAUUACUGUGAGAUUGAAAUAAUGGGGAAACAGAAGCUUACAGGCAUUGGAACUUUGGUUACCGUACAGCAUACUUGUGACAAACUAGGCUCUUUAAAAACACAUCCAUUGGAUUGGAUGUGGGUUGCAGUGGCAGGGGGAGUCACGUUGCUGUUUACUCUGGCACUGCUGGUGGUGAUAAUAGUUCUUGCUCGACGAAACAAAGCUUACGCUUUACUUGUCAGGGAAUGUUCUUCUUUGAAUUCCGCAAAAGAACUGGAAUUGCCACAGAGAAACAAAGUGCGAAAUCAUGCCGAACAUGAGCAUGAAGUUGCUUACUCUCACUGUCGUGAUAAGGAAGGUAAGACGAAGAAAAACCGCCCGCCACUGCCAAAGAGGACCAUGCAGUAAACCUCCACAUCGCUUGAUUAUUGUCGUGUAUCUAUUUCACCAGCAGACCUUAUCAAAAUAACUGUAAGAUUAAAAAGAAUAAGACUUUCAACUUUUCAAGUGUUUUUUGGAACUAGUUUUUGAUCAAUGAUGUGCAAUACACGUUGUGUGAAAUUUUAAAUAUGUGACAUUGUUCCUUUUCCAACUAGACCCUGUCUUGAAUUUGCUGUUACCGUUGGGUAGCCUAUUGUCAGCAAUUAGUUAUAUAAUUCGAAAAACAAUGAAAAGCUGCAUUCAAUUGAAAUGCUUUCCAAAAGUAAACAAAUACUUUUCGUGCCUAAUGGCACAUGAGGCAGACAACUCACACAUAGCCAGGUUUACCUGGAGCAGGUCACGGGUCUAUAGCCUGAAGGGAGCCAAUCCUCAUCAAGCAUGGCUGACCAGGAGACUCUCCUGCUUUUGACCUCUACCAUGUACAUCGGAAGGGUUUAUAAUGAUCAAUCUGUAAGGCUAGGUUAUUAAUGCACUUUCCAUGGUCAUCAACUCCUGGGUUCGGACUCGCACCUGGAGCUUUUGGCUCAGAGAGAGGGAUGCUAUUCACCGUGCCACAAGAUCUCCCCAGUUAUUUUAUUUAUUCCAGCUUUCUUAAUUGCAUUUUAUCGAUGCCCCUGUGUUCUUUGCUUCUAUGAGUUUGUCUUGUUACCUUUAUGUUGCAAGUGCACUUUAAGCUUUAUUUUUUCUCCUUGUACCAUCAUGUUUUCACAUACUCGUUAGUGGCCUAGCUUGUAGUUUAAAAUAAUUCCUCCUCAGAACCUUAGAACUGAGACCCUUCUCGAUUUUCUCAUUUCACCUAAACUCCGGCCAGCCAAAGACUAAAAACCCUUUAAAAAACACUUAAGCGUGGCACCAACUAAACACUUUUACUUGACUUUGUUCAACCACUGUAGUGUUCUGCACUGCGGGUUUUAGACCUACACUUAGGCUUCCCACAAAUAUGUAUAUUUUGUUACAUAAUUGCUGCUUUAAGGUCGCAUAGGAGGCAUUAUUCACAGACAGCCCACAGAUUGGUAUCCAAGGGUUUGCAAUUCAGACAGUUGUUGACUGGAGAAAGCGCUCCAUAGCUCAACCUUUUACAAUGAAGACACCGAUAAUGCCACACCAAACUCGGGAAAAGUGUUCCAGACAGCACGUUGCCUCUGACUAGCAGUUGAAAUCAUUAAGUACAAUAGUAACAAACAGAACUGAAAGGAAUGCACGUGUGACCAAAUAUCUCACUGUAUAUCCAACAGAAAUUUCUAGACACUUCAGUAAUACAUAAAAGAGGAAAUAAAAUCAUUAGGAUAUGUAAUAUAAUGUAUGUUAUUAAGGCGGAUAUUCAGGUAUUUACUGAAAAAAUGUCAGAUUUUUUUGUUACUUUCCUGUUAUUUUAAAAAUAUUUCCCCUUUUAGACAUUAAAUGUAUCAUUUUCUAGAAUUUUGUUUCUCCAUUUAGGUGCAUGUCUUUCUGGAGAUCAAAUGUUUGAUUACUAAUCUGUACUACUUUAUAAGUAAACCUCCUAUUUUGCAACGAAAAUUUGCACGAUUAGAGAUAUGCGACUGAAAUGCAAGCUUAAUUAUAUGAAGCAAUUACACAGUGGCACAUUAUGUGCCAUUCUAGCUCUUUAAUAAAAGCGCAUUUCAGG